UGUGCAGACAGUGUACAGGAAAUUCGUUAUCAUGGAAAACGAAUCUAUAAAAAUUAACAAACUAAACGGCAGUGAAAAUUGGGCAAAAUGGAAAUUUCAAAUGACGGUAAUAUUAAAAUCAUAUGAUGUGUUGUUUUCUGUUAUAAAUGGAAGUUAUGAAUAUCCAAUUCAAAUUAUAAAACAUGAUACAGAAACAGACACAGAGGCACAAUUGCGUUUAGAACAAGUGCAGCAAAAAUGGUUAAUGACAGAUGCUAAGGCUCAACGUUUUAUAGUUAUGUCAGUAGAUGAGCAGUCAUUAGAUUACAUAAUGAACUGUGACACAGCGAAAGUUAUGUUAUGGAUAAAAAUGAUAAUAUGGCACAACAUAUAUCAAAAUUAGAAAACUUGAGUAAACAAUUAAAACAGUUAGGUGAAGCAAUAUCCGAUUCAAUGCUUAUAACCAAAAUUCUUAUGACCUUGCCAGAAAAUUAUAAAUAUUUUUAUAGUGCAUGGGAUUCUAUAUCAUCUGAGAACAAAACAUUGUUAAACUUGACAUCCCGACUUAUGGUAGAGGAAACAAGACAAAGUAAUGGCCAUGAAAUCCAGAAAAAUAAUGGUGAAAAUAGUGCAUUUGCGGCGAAAAAAUUGUUUAGAACACAAAAACAAAAAUAUUCAAAAUUUGGAAAU